GGCGGCCGACCGGGCCGCCGCCUGCCGACCUCCCUGGACUCCCUGGAGGGUCGGCUCACGAUGCCCGGCGCGGCCGUGCGCAGAGUGCUGCAGCAGGAGGAUGACGAGUCUGACUUCGAUGACGACUACGACGAUCUCGACGACGCGGCAGCCCACGCGGCGGCCCGCGCAGCCGAGCGAGCGGCGCGGCGGGCGCUACGGGAGGCUCCCCACGGCGGGUACCCGUCGAGGCUCCUGGCGCCGCCGGAGCCCCUCUCGCCGCCGCACCUGCCGGGCGGCGGCGGCCCGGCGCCGUUCGACCUGGGCACUGGCUUGUUCAGCCCGCGCGCGUUCCACAGCCUGGUCCACAGCCAGCUCCACGGCGAGAUGGCCCUUUCGGCGCUCGGCAUCGGCAGGGGGCCGUUCGACCAGAUGGGGCUCAGCAUGCAACAGGACGGGCUGCUGCUUGACUUCCUGAACGUCCUCGCUGCGGAGGACGACGCCGACUUGCGCACCGCCAUACGAAGGUCGGCAGACGAGGCCUACUCCGGCGGCUUCGGGGCGCCGCCGGCCGACGAGGCGGCGCUGGCGCGCUCGACGAGU